AUGCCAUCAACGAUGCCCUGUCCGAAGCGCAGCUACACCAUCGCAACGAAGCUCAAGGUACUUGGCCUUUUGGAAUCAAGUACCGAUAAGCAAGUGGCUGACCUGCUCAGCAUUCCACGUCGCACCAUCCGAUCGUGGGUCAGCCAAAACGUGACAUCCUUGCAUAACGUUACGACGGCAACAAGAAGUGAAAGAAAGUCGAACCCGGUGGACGGCGUGAAGCAUUUCCCGACUGCGAUGGUCUCGUUGAAAAGCCUGGUUCUGGCGACCAAGGCCUGCUUCGACUGCUCCAAGGCUUUCUUCACCGCUACGGCAUUACGCGACAACGACGUUCUGGGCCAAGUGCGUGACGAAUUUGCCCUCCAGCUGCCGGCAGUUGAAUAA